UGAUUUUCCUUCGUCAAAACUCGGUAGCUUCCGGUACCCUGACGCUCUAGCCAACAGAAUCCGGCAUGGCCUCAGAAACAGAAAAGGCACAAACUGCACAACCAGAAGGAGAUACAAUAUUUGGGAAAAUUGUUAGGGGUGAAAUACCAACUAAAUUUAUCUAUGAGGAUGAGCAGUGUGUAGCCUUCAACGACAUCAGUGCUCAAGCUCCCACACAUUUCCUUGUUAUACCAAAGAAACCAAUUGUUAAGUUAUCUGAUGCUGAAGAUACUGAUGAACAGCUACUUGGACAUUUAUUGGUAGUUGCUAGGAAGGUUGCUAAGGAUGUAGGAUUAGCUGAUGGAUUUAGAGUAACCAUUAACGACGGAGUCAAGGGAGGUCAAUCUGUUUACCAUCUACACGUCCAUGUCAUGGGUGGUCGUCAAAUGGGAUGGCCUCCAGGAUAAAUUCAAUCAUCUUUCAUUUUCCCUCAAAUGGACAAGACAGUAGAAAGAUAGUUGAUCAAACUGAAUUUCCACAUGUUUGGAAAUUUUAUGAAUACUUUUAUUUAGUGCUCUAUCAUGUCUGUACAAUAUUUAUAAUGUGGCUUUUUGAUGCAAUAUUUAUCUACAUGCUCUAUAAAAAUCUAAACAUACACUU